AUGGCGCUUCGGGAGCACCUCCGCAAGUAUUAUGGAGGGAAAUUACUGUCCGCUAUAGAAAAUUUCGAUGCUCCGCAGGAUAUGGAAGUGCAUUGGGUUACGGAGGCACUUGACCAUAACUCAAUCGACAGGCCCUUUAUCGCGUAUGGGAAUGAGGCCAGCGUUGGUUGCACCUACAUGCACCUGUGUCUCAUUGUCGAGAUUGGAAAGGCCGGGGAACGGAAGAAGUAG